AUAUCCGUCAGUACGUUUGUACGCGUCCGCAGCGCCGCUUCUUCAGUUUUUCGGUUUUCGGAAUUUCGAGAUUUUCGAAACAGAUCAGAUCCGUUUGCGAGUUGUUCGAUAUUUGAAAAUUCCGAGCCAAGAACGAUCCAACGAUCCAACAACGUACCGUUUCCGUUAGCGAUUCACAACAGAUAGAGAUCCUAAAUCGAAACGACGCGAGAAUAGAAAUUAUGCUGGCCCACUGCUCGCCGCUCGGUCUACGCGCAAUAAUUUAUUUUUACUCCAUAUAAACAAAUUCAACGUCUAUUUCCAAAAAUAAAUGGCAACAAUAAUAAAAAUAACAACAGCCGUCGGACAAUUAUAAGUUUUUAUUUUUAACUUUUAUUUGCGCCAAACCUCGUCUCCCGCCUACUGCCCGCCCGCCGCCGCCGCCGCCCCCUUGGACUUUGUUUAUAUUUACAAAGAACCAAAAAAAAAACAAAAAAAAAAUACGACAAACAUAACAGCAAACAUAUCACUGACUGCAUUUCGUCUCGAUGUUUAUCAAACAAGCGGCGUAAACAAAGCCAGAAUUUCAAACAAUAAUUCAACAUUAUUUGCAUCUCAAUUGCAACGAUUUUCGUGUGUGUGGAUUCGUUCGAAAACAUUUGUGCAAACAACUUUCGAGCGACCUGACAGCCGACCCCCCUUUGCAAAGUUCAAAACUCAUCGGUUUCUAUUGAACGGCGUAGUUUUUGAGAGAGAUUUUCUGAGGAAACGGAAGUGUUUGGCUGAAAAGCAAGUCAUUUACCUGAGGACAAUUUAUACGGAAAAACAAUUAUAUAAAAAUUAUAUAUACACACACACACACACCUAUAUACAAGCUGAAUUUGCCGUUUUGACAAGCCGUCCACUUAUACAACAAAAAAGAAAGGGAUAAUAUAUAGAUAAUAUAUAUAUUUAUAUAUAAAUAUGCCCCACAUCUGUCACAGCAACAGGAAGAGCCAUAGCAAUCCGCAGGGCAGCCACUAACCGAGUUUUUCCCAAGAGCUGCCUGGAUAAUCUGAAAAUCCAGCAAAUCCAGCUACUAAAGCCAGCCGAGCGCAAGGACAUCGUCAUCUCUGUUUCCAUUGCAGGUGGAUAGGAAAACUGUUGCCAUGGGUCGCAAAAAAAUUCAAAUAUCACGCAUCACCGACGAACGCAAUCGGCAGGUGACCUUCAACAAGCGCAAGUUUGGCGUCAUGAAGAAGGCCUAUGAACUGUCCGUGCUCUGCGACUGUGAGAUCGCUCUGAUCAUCUUCUCGUCGAGCAACAAGCUGUAUCAGUAUGCCAGCACUGACAUGGAUCGCGUCCUGCUCAAGUACACCGAGUACAAUGAGCCUCACGAGUCCCUCACCAACAAGAACAUCAUUGAGAAAGAGAACAAGAACGGCGUUAUGUCGCCGGACUCACCUGAAGCUGAAACGGACUAUACACUGACACCGCGAACGGAGGCCAAGUACAACAAGAUCGAUGAAGAGUUCCAGAAUAUGAUGCAGCGUAAUCAGAUGGCCAUUGGUGGAGCGGGUGCGCCACGACAGCUGCCCAAUAGUAGCUAUACGCUGCCCGUUUCCGUACCGGUGCCAGGACCCUAUGGCGACAACCUGCUGCAGGCCAGCCCACAGAUGUCCCACACCAAUAUUAGCCCACGUCCAUCGAGUUCGGAGACGGAUUCAGGUGGGAUGUCCCUGAUAAUCUAUCCAUCGGGUUCCAUGCUGGAGAUGUCGAACGGCUAUCCACAUUCACACUCGCCGCUUGUGGGAUCACCGAGUCCGGGUCCCAGUCCUGGCAUAGCUCACCAUUUGUCCAUCAAGCAACAGUCGCCGGGCAGCCAGAACGGACGAGCUUCCAAUCUAAGGGUUGUCAUACCGCCCACUAUUGCCCCCUUACCGCCCAACAUGUCCGCGCCCGAUGACGGGGCCUAUGCAGAUCAACGACAGAGUCAGACAUCGCUGAACACGCCAGUGGUCACGCUGCAGACGCCGAUUCCCGCCCUUACGAGCUACUCCUUCGGGGCACAGGAUUUCUCCUCUUCCGGCGUGAUGAACAGCGCAGAUAUCAUGAGCAUCAACACCUGGCAUCAGGGCCUGGUGCCGCACUCUAGUCUCUCGCACCUGGCUGUCUCGAAUAGCACGCCGCCGCCCGCCACCUCACCCGUCUCCAUCAAGGUCAAGGCCGAGCCGCAGUCGCCGCCGCGAGAUCUCUCCGCCAGUGGCCAUCAGCAGAACAGCAAUGGGUCAACGGGCAGCGGCGGAUCUAGUAGCAGUACAAGCAGCAAUGCUAGCGGAGGAGGAGGUGGUGGAGGAGGAGCCGUUAGUGCAGCCAAUGUCAUUACGCACUUGAACAAUGUCAGUGUCUUGGCGGGUGGUCCGUCGGGGCCAGGAGGAGGCGGCAGCAACGGAAACGUUGAGCAAGCCACCAAUUUGAGCGUACUAAGCCACUCGCAGCAGCAUCACCUGGUCAUGCCCAACUCGAGGCCCUCGUCCACGGGCCACAUCACACCCACUCCAGGGCAUGAUAAGUAUGAAGGAUAUCCGUACCGCGCGCUAAUGGGACAUAAUACUAGAUGGAAUUUUGCCGGUGCGCCGAGCAGCGAUCAGGAUGUGCGUCUGGCAGCCGUGACCGCGCAGCAGCAACAACAGCAGCAGCAACAGCAACAUCAACAGCAGCAACUAGGCGAUUAUGAUGCCCCCAACCACAAACGGCCGAGAAUAUCGGGCGGAUGGGGUACAUAGCCGGCACGAGCUGCCGGUAGCAGCCACUAUAAGCCACAUCACAACAACCACACCGGCUGCAGCAGCAUCAACAGUAGCAACACCAUCAGCAGUAGCAGUAGCAGCAACAGCAACAGCAGCAGCAACAAGAAGCUGACGGAGUGCGAUGACCUGGCAAUGAUGCCGCCACCGCCUCGUAAGGACAUUGGCCGAAACUCCUACAGCAUACUGCAGUCCGGCUACGACUGCUAUGGCCAGCAGCUGGCGGUGGCCUACGGAACGCAACAGCAUCCGUAGCCACCGCGUCCUCCUCCGUUUCCGGACCAGUGCAAUAGUUGAGAAAAUGGAAAUUGGAGGCAGUUUUGUUUUGUUUUCGGUUUAAGCGAACAGUGACAGUGUCAUAUCUAUAGUUAUUGUAACUUAAAUGAAUUACGAUUACACACCUACGGUAAUAGUUAUAAUUUUAAAUUAUAAACGCAGAGCUGGCGGGUCUGAGCCCGCAUCCUGCCGAACAAUUUGGCGCAGGUUAGAGUGUUGAGCUGAUUUAGUUUAGUUACAAUUACAAAAUAUAGUUACGAGUAUGGUUAAAGUUAAUGUUAAAUCUAAUCUUAGGACAAAAUGCUGCAGACAAAACAAAAACAAACUAAAAAGAAGAAACAAAAACAAAAAUAACAAAAAAGAAAGAGCUCUUUAUGCUGUAAAUAUUUGAUUUUAGUGUAAUAAGUUUUAAACUUAGUUCGUAGGAAAGGAACUACGAGAUACGUAAACCAUGCAAGUCACACGAUGAGAAACGAUUGAGAAAUUCUAAGCUAAAAACACAGACCCUCAUGCAGAUGUACUCAGUGUUCGAUCAUAAUUUGUAAUUUUGUGCAAUUUUUAUCGUCAAUUUUUAGUUAUAUUCUAAUGCACGCACAUACAACCUUUUUGGCGGUUCAUCAUCGAACCCGAGAUUUGUUUUUAAUAAAUGAUUGGUUUUUGGUUGAUUUAAACCGAAAUCAUAGCCUUUUGCAAGUACA